UCUUACUCUUAUUUACAUAUAGUAUUGAACUGUUCAUUUAAUCAUUCAAAUGAUUACUGUCAAGUUUACUACACUACUUUAGAACAACUACAGUUGAGUUUCGAACGGCGGUCAAUUCAAACCCAGACAAUGGUGGAAUUUUAAAGGUAUGAGGCCACAGAUAAACCACAAAUCCAAUGUUUUGGAUAUCAAAUCGGAACUUUUUGACCUCUUACGACAACGAAAAAGCCUGACAGAGACACUAGAGGCAUUAGAACGUCAAAUAUAUCUGUUUGAAGGCAGCUAUCUUGAUGACACGGCUCCUUAUGGGAACAUUAUCAAGGGCUGGGAUAGAUAUUUGAUGGCCAGCUCAAACCCCUUGGUCACUGGUAACUCCAACUUGUCAUUUUCCAGGACCGUUGGGGAUAAACGCGCUCGGAAAUUCCGAGAUUCCGAUCGUCUUUUCUCAAGGUCUUCAGUCACUUCAGUUUCAUCUUUAAAUUCACAGAAUGAAAAUAAUUCAGGCAAGUGUGCUUGGUGUUUAUACGUCAAAUUCUAACAUGUCGAAAUGUGAUGUGUCUUUGAGUUCCUCCCAAUCUACCUCCAGUCAACCAGCUUAUUUCAGGACACUACAAACAACCUUCUCCUAAUUUCAUGUCCAAUGGGUUUUCAGGAAAUCAGUUCUCCCAAAUUGGCAAGAGUUUUUCGGGUUUCAGUAACGCAUCACAAUCUGGUAAAAAGAAAAAAUCUAGACAGCGAUAGACUCUACUGAAACGACUCAUAAAUUGGUUUCAGAAAUCUAUGAUAUGGACAGAUGAAUAACAGUAUUAUAGAACUAUAUGGAUUCCUCAUCUUUUUUGAGUACAGUCACACUCAAAAAUUACAAUAUUACUAGUAUUCUGUUGUUUGAUUACAUUAUGUAAAAGUAUCUCAUCAACAUUGAUAUCUUUCUAACCUUUAUAGUCAACUAAUAUACGUCGAACCACUAUGGAUUUUUUAAAGAAUAGCCUUGGGAUUAACUAUAGUCGGGUGCGUAUCACAUUCUGUCAUAGACACCAUUUUUUCACUGUCUACACCAGUAAGGCAAGUCAAACUUGGACAAAGAUGGACGCCUAAACUCUUGUUUUGGUUAAUAAGUAAAGUUAUGUCGUUCUCCAGGUUGUGAUAAUUUCCAACUGCUUAACCUUUCUCAUACUUGUUCACAAUGGCUUUACAGUGGUGUGGUAACUCGAACUGAUAUACGUACGUACCAAGUUCUACGUUGUUACUGACAGUGGGUUAGAGUCUUUAUUUUUCUAUUAAGAAUUCAGACAUGCUCCAUGCAAAACGAAUUGCAUAUGAGGUAGCUGCUUGUAAAGAUAAUUUUGUGCAUACUUGCGAUAUGCAUUAACACAGAACUCAUGUUCCAGACGAUAUUUGACUCGAAAUAGACUGGACAUUAUUACAAUUUUCGACUUGGGUCACUUAUGUUUAACCUUGGGUUUUCAAUAGUAUUAUACAUGUUACAAAUGUAGACAUUCUGUUCAGGGUAUUUAGACUUACAUAACAGGCACGAGGACCAUUCAAAAUGGAAGUCUUUUGUUAAGAGAAUAGUCGAACAGUCAAAUGCAACAUG